ACACUUGACAUCAUUGAAUGUGAUAGGUGUACGUGUAGUAAGUAAUAGGUAUUACUGGUAUUAGGUAGGUAACCUUUACAAAUGUGUAAUACUGAAAUGUUAAUGUAGAACAUAUACCAACAAUAAUUAAUCAAUUGUUCAUAUUAAUUGUAUUUCUUGUCUAUUGAAUUUAAUAUUUUUAUUAUUAAACAAUUUUUGCAAGUGUGAAUAAAUUUAGAUUUUUGGUUCCUACGCGUUGUCACUGCAGUCACCUAUAUAGUCUAUUUAAUUUAUAACGAUUUAUGGUUACCUAUUUUUCUCAUUUGUAUACUGUUUACCACAUUCUUUACUAUUAUAUGCUGAUUAUUACUGCGACACCGCUAUAAUAAUAUUGCUGAAGUAUAUUAUCUGUUAUAAGUAUUUGACCAUUAACAAAGAAAUCACUGUAAAUUGACAAUGUUACACCUAUGUUUUCUUCUCAAAUGUAUUCAAUACAUAAUUUGCUAGUCUAGAUAAAUAAGAUUUAAGAUGUCUGAAGAAGAAGAUGAAGGAUGGAUGAAAGCGUUAGAAAAAGCCCUUUGCGAGAAAGAUGAGUCUCCACUUAGUGAAGAAUCUGGCAAUUUUACUGUAAUUGCCAAUGAAUGUAGGGGUCAGAUGUGGCGUCAGUUACUGACUCGUGAUGAUGAUACUAUUCAAACUUUGUUAGAUGAGAGACCAAUUAUAAAGAACAUAGAACAGUUGGAGCUUGACUGUCAAAUGUUAAUUGCUUCUUUAGAAAUUGAAGAUGAAGAUGAAAAAUUAAACUGUUUGUCAGACACUGAAGCGAUACUGGUGACAAUGUGUAAAAUAUAUAAUAUAGAUACGUAUGAUAUAAGUAAGAAAUGGUCAUCAAUAAUUCGGCCGAUUAUAUCAUUAAAACUACCCCGAAUUGAUACAUAUACUAUGUUCCGUGCGGUUGAUGAAGAGUACAUAGCUAAACAUCAAGACUGUUAUCAUUUAUUACGGAUAUUGUUAUUAUAUCACGAUCCAGAGUUGUGUAAUUUACUAGAUUCUCUGAAAUUGGGUCCAGAACUUUAUAGUGACUCAUGGAUACAAACUUUAUUUUCGGAAACAUGUUCUUUAGAAGUUAUUUUAACUAUUUGGGAUUUAUACUUAGCAAAAAAAGACAAGUUUUUUAUAUUUUUCUUAGCUUUAGUAUUCAUCAUCAAUGCAAGGGAUCAUAUAUUUUCAUUAAAACAUCAACCCAAAACACAAUUGAUUGAAAUUCUUGGGAGUUUGCCAUCACAAUUGGCCAUAGAUGAUAUAAAUGAUUUUUGGUCUUUGGCAGAAUAUUAUGACAAACAAACACCUUCAACUUUUAUAAAAGAUGUUGCUGGAUAUAUUUUUGACCCAAAGCUGCAGAAUAAAGGAAUUUCACAAAUGUUAUGCCUUCCAAUCAGUGUAACCGAAUUAGUAUCUCAUACAAAUAGAACAGUGACAAACAGCUUGAAAUUUUUUGUUAUGGAUUGCCGACCUGCAGAACAAUACAAUGCUGGACACUUGCCUAUUGCCUUUCCAUUGGACAGUACUUUACUUUUGGAAGAUCCUGUUUCUUUUUGGACUGCAGUUGAAGGGUUAUUAUCAUGUCAAAAGCAGAGCUUUGCAGAGGGCCGUUCAGGGGGAGGAGAACAUUGGUGUUUCUCAGGUUGUGGUAGUGGUUUAGAUGCUAACCAAAAUACCCACAUGGUUGUAUCUGCUUUUCUACAAAAACAUUCUCUCUAUGUUUCUAUGUUAAAUGGUGGCUAUCAAGCACUCCAUGAAUAUUUUGAAAAAAACAAUAUUGAUGGCUUGAGUGAUCAUGAUCGUAAUAGAUGUUCACAGUGUCUAUGUAGCCCGCAUAAAAAUAAGGAACGAUUGACUCAGACAAAUUCAACUAAUGAACUGUUUUCUAAGCUCGGUGUGGCGAUGAGAUCAAAAUCAUUUGAAGUCAAAGGUAAAUUAAUGGAUUUUUUAUCAAGUAAUAACAAUAGUACAAAGAAUGAAAAAACAGAUGGAGGUAGCAAAAGAUACAGAAAUAUGGCACCAGUUUUUGCAAUAGAUGAAGAUGAUAAUAAUCAAGAUUCAGAAGAUGAACUAUAUGAUGCAGCUCAUAAUAAUAGUUUGUCGAUGCUAUUAAAUAAAUCCAAUGUAAUUGCAUCCUUUGAUUGUCAACAUAUCAGAAAUGAUGGAACAGUAAUUCCAGGGAAAUUAGUGUUGACAAAAAAUAACCUUAUAAUAGUCGAAGUAGAUUCAAAAGAUCCUAAUAAAAUCAGUUCAUUGGUAAAUCAUUCACUGGGAACUAUUUUGAAUAUUAAAUGUCGCAAGAAACGGCCGGAUUUGAUUAUUUUUGAAUACUCUGGAGCAGAAAAGGAUAUAGACAGAUUCUUAAUACCACAAUCACAAAAAGCUACCGAUAUUAUAAGUAAGCAAAUAAUGGAUUUCAUUGAACGUGAUGAAAGCUGAUCAAUUUUGUACAACCUGCUACAACAAACGAUUAUAAUAUUAAAAACAAGAUUAAGUACAAUAUUACAUAAUACAAAUAAUAAGAAGUUUGUGAAUGUAAUGCUUUGAUAAAAAAAAAAUGUAUUAUUAAAAAAAAAAAAUUAAGUUUGCUCAUUAAUUAAUAUGAAAAUCAUUUUUUUGUGAAGCAAAAUAAAUCUAUUCAUGUGGAAACAAAAUCAUAUAAUAUUUAGAUAUAUUUGAUAAUUUAUUGUUCGAAAUUUGUUUUGCUAUUGAAAAAUGCAAUAUUUUGUAUUCAAGGGCUGUCUUAAAUUGCCAUAUUUAUGAAAUUAAUGUUAAUUGUUGAUACAAUUAUUUACAGUUCAUUAUUCUUAACUUUCUUGAAAUUACUAUUUAUGUUAUAAUUUAUUUGUUUUCUGUUUAUUUUAAUUAGAUGUAUAAGAAAUUUUAAUAGUGUUAUUUUAUUUUACAUACAAUUUCUUUUGUAUUAAGUUGUUGAAAUUAUGAAAAAUCCUUAUCAACAGAACUUUAAAACAGUGUAAAUAAAGUACAUUGUAUUAUCAUUUUCACAUCCUUCACUUUUUUUAUCUUUAAGGAUUAAGGACUAAUUAAUUAUUAAAUCUAUCAAUUUUAAAUUGAAAUUGAUAAAUUAAUUAACUGGCAAAUAAUUAUUGCAGUUAUGAGUUAUGACCAAAUUAACAUUAUAAUUAUUAAAAAAAUACUUAUUUUUAACCUACAUUGAUAUUUAUUUUUGUUAGAAAAAAUGUUUAUUAAUUAUAUUUUAGUUUUUAUUUAUAAAUUAUUUGAACUAUUAUUAAUAUUUUUUUUACAUACAGUCUUUAAAGAACAUCUUUGUAAUGUUUGUGAUAAGUAGGUAUUAAUGACUUGUUAAUAAAUACAUAUUAUCUAUAUUGUUUAAAUCUAUCUAUUAAAAUUGUAUUCAUUAUGCUUACAUUAAGCUCAUUAAUCAUAACUAGAUCUAAAAAUGCAUUGUAUGAAUUAAAAAAAAAAAAUUUUAAUUAAAUAUAGGCAUGUGAACAGGUGUGACAAUUAACAAAUGGUGCUUUGGUUUCACCUGACUAUUUAUUUUGGAUUUAGUUGGACGAUGACAAUUUAUUUGAAAGGGUUAUAAAUUACACAGUAUAAAUAGUAUUUAAAAUAUAAUGUAUGUUCAUUGUUCAAUAUUGAUAAAAUGAAAAAUUAUAAGGCCUUACAUGUUUAUGUGAACAAAAA